GUCUUUGUGAUCGGUUGUUGUUGUUGGGUCGCGGAUGCCUAAACGUCGGUAGCUGAACGCCAAGUUGAAUGGAGCACGGUUCGGUUAAAUGCCCGAUAAAAAGCCACUUCUGCUGACUGGCCGCUCACACACGAAAAUCCUUCGCCCAAAGUUGUAUAACAAAAAAAAAGAAGAGAUUGAAAGUGCGCCAAUGUCAGUGUGUUUUAAAACAACAUCUGAUUGUGUGAAAACAACAGAUACAAACUACGCAACACGGAAAUCGAACGAAAACUUCGCAAGCAACAACAGCAACUCUGUAGUCCUCCAAUCUAACGCACACCGACAUGCGUGACGUAAUUGAUGUAUUUAUUCUAAAACAAAAUUCGAGGAAAAUUGAGCAGCAAGAGCGUGCAAUUGUUUGUCCCUUUCGACUGGGCCGUCGUUAAAAUAAAUAAAUAAUUGAUAAAAAAGCACCCGAAAAUGUAAACGGGAAGCGCGCGUUCGCAGCACAAAUAAUAAAAAACGAAAAAUAAACGAUAUCGAGGGUGUAUAUACAAAAAGUGAUUUAAAUGUAAAACUUAACAAAAAAAUAACAAGUUCGAGAUAUUCUGCAAACUUGAAGAGCGACAAACUUGAGAACGACAGCAGCAAUUGAAACGCUUAGCAACAAUGUUGCACAAUAAUCGCGACAAUGCAGAGCCAAAAACAACAACAAUAGCAGCAGCAACAACAACAACAGAUGGCAAUGGAACGGAGCCAACAAUUGCAAUUGCAACGCACUUUGCAACAUCUGCCGCAGCAGAGGCAGAAACAUCAGCUGGUGUAAAGGAAAUAAAUGCAACAGCUGAGGGUCAACCGCCGCCGCCGCUGACAACAGCAGCAAAAACAACAACAGCUGUGGCAGCGCGAACGGAAUUGGCAGAAACAGCUGAUGCGGCUGCUGCGCCGUCGAAUGCCGCUGCUGCAUCGUCUGCUGCCGCAGCAGAAUCGCCCGCAUUCGAUGCCCAGAUGCGGACGCAGCAACGUCAGAAGAUCAAGAUAUACCACGAUGCCAAGCAGACGGCGGUAUGGCGCACCGAUUCCCUGGCCUCCAAUCCCAGCUCGACCAUGUGCCCGGAUUUCGUGAGUUCCGCAGCAGGAGGCGGUGGCGGCGGAGGCACUGCAGCGCCUUUGGGCCUGCCCAUGAGGGGCAUCAUCCUAUCGACGGCACCCAGCCUCCUGCAGCGAAAAUCCUCGGACAGCUCGCUCACCUCGUCCAUCGCCCGUCGCGUCUCGUUUCCGGAUAACCAACUGGUCACCGGUUACCUGGAGCCGGCCAAUCCUUGGAAGCAAGUAUACCUUGUGAAGAGCAUUUCUGAGAUUGUUGACCAGUAUGAGCAGUCAUGUCAAAAGCAUAAGACAACGCCGUUAAAAAGCGUAACGGAUCACCUAAAGGGGCUGGAUCUGAACCAGGUGCGACAGCCUCUACUCCCGCUAAAGGCGAAUCAACUGGCCGCCAACGAUUGCGAAGCCCUCGAGGAAAUUUUCAAAAGGAUACAAUACAAAUGCAUCGAUCUGUCCGACUGUAAGCUGGACGAGAGCUGCCUGAUGGCUCUUUUCCAGAUGAUCGAAUACUAUGAAGCCGCUGUCGAGCUGGACAUAUCAUACAACAAGGAGCAGAUGUCGAAGCGAUGCUGGGAACUGUGUGCUUACAUGGUGGAACGCAGUCAAGAGCUGCAGCUGCUCAACGCCGAGAGUAAUCAGAUCACAAAGUUGGGUGCCGACAGUCUCGGCAGGGCACUGGGCUCCUCCAAUCUGCACACUUUAAAGCUGGAGCACUGCGGCCUUAGGGGACAGCCACUCGUCCAUCUAUUGUCAUUUGCAGGCCGAGGUCUCUACCAAAACAAAAUGCUCAAGGAGCUGUGGGUGGGCUUCAAUGAUCUGGACUGUGUGGAUGCCCAGCACAUAGCUGAUAUGUUGCGCUACAACCACAGCUUGGAGCUCAUCGACAUAAGCAACAACAAUAUACGAAACGAGGGUGUCAUGUACUUGGUGCAGGCCCUCAUCCUUCAGUCAACCGAGCUGGAACGACGAAUGGGAGCCUUAAAGCGCACCCGUGCCAUUGAGGUGGAUGAGUGCGUGUCGCCUGUGGAGACUGAGCCCCCGGCAGCCAUUCCCCAGUCCACCAACUCGUCCACCAGUCAAGCAAAAGAUGCCGUCGAUGGAGAUUCAUCUACGCACGUAACCUCAAUUCCCGAGACACCGGCGGAGGAGGCGGCAUCAACCGAUCCAGCGGUGGGUGUUCUUGUUGACUUGGAGAACGAUAACGACGACGAAAACACUGAGGACACUGUUCGCACCGUGAGAAAUUGCAGUCAAAACGGCAGCGGACAGUCGAUGCUGGACAAGCUGCUCUCCAUGAACAGCGAUAGCAGCAGCGAGGAGGCGCCCUCGAACAUAUCCACCGACACUCUGGCCGCCUGCUGCUCCGAGGACAUCAGCGAGAUCAGUAACGAGAUUUUCGAACCCACCACCGCCAAACAGGCGCCAGCAGGAGACGAAGCCUGUUCGGCUAUGAUCUCAUCCAGCCCGAUGGAAUCCGUAUCGGCCGCUGUUGCAAGUGCAACCGACGAGCCGCUAUCCCCAUCGCAACAACAACAGCAAUGUUCCCAAAACGAACGCAACAUAUGUGAUAUUACUCCCUCAACAGAGGCUAAAACCGUUGAACCCAAUGAAUCCUGUGUACAGAACAACAUCAUAAACAACAACAAUAAUAACAAUGCUAACAAUUCCCACAACAAUAGCAACAAUAACAAUACAAUCCAAUUGCCAUCAGGAGCUGAAGCAGCAGCAAACUUAGUCGUAGCGCCACCACUGGGGAUCGGUAGCAGCCCAAGUGGCUCCUCGCCAGCGGCUAUUUUUGAGGUCACAGCCGAGGAGAGCGACUGCAUCAAUGGCAGUGGGGCGGGGGCUGGUGGAUCGCGACCUCUAGACGUCAAUAAAAACGCAAAGGUUGGAGACGACUUCGAGGACACGCACAGCACAGACUCGGCGUUCGAGAGCGCAUCUGAAGGCGAUAUAAGUCGCCACCUACCCGACGAGUUUAGCCGGCUUUCAGUGUCACUGGAAAGCACGCGGCUGGAUGACAUGGCAAAGGAGAUGUGUGGCAUUGAGACCGCCACCAUUGCCACAGAAUCCACCGAGUGUCUGGUAGCCGCCCAGGAGGCUGCGACGCCCACUCCUACGCCAGCAGCUCCAGCCGUAGACAAACUGAUAGAUGCCUUUGUGCCGCCAAAAGUCACCAUCGCCGAGGAGUGCCUGCUGACGGAUAAAGAACUGAGCCCCAGUCCCUUCUCGUCUCCCAGUCCGGCGCCCACGCCCCCACCACCGUCCACGUCGCCAGGGGGAGCCAGCAUUGGACUGCGCCGCACGGAGUCCAGCUGUGCAUAUCUUAACCAAUCCACCCGCAACCGUUCCCAGAGCUCCGACAGCCUGUGCAGUGAGACAUCGCUGGACGGGAUGAGCAGCGGAGCUAGCAACAACAGUGUCAGCUCUACCGCCUCCGCUGAUCCCAAGUUUGCCGAGAAGCUGACUAAGAACGACACACUUUCGCGUCGUCAACUGGCCGAGGCCACACUGGAGGCCCAGCGAUCGCCCAGCGGGCUGAAGGCCCUCACCCUGUGGAACAAUAAUCUGACCAAGGACUGCGCCCCAGCUGUUUCCGAGCUGCUGCAGAAGACCAUUUCGCUGGAACUGCUCAACAUUGGCAAGAAUUGUCUCUCCAAUGAGUUUAUUUCAACCAUUAAGGAAAGUCUGACGAAAAACACAACUCUGACCACAUUGGGGCUGCAGAGUGCCCAUCUGAGCGCCAAAGGGAUUGAGACACUGGCCUCCAUUCUCACCUUUGGUGGCAACAGCAAGCUCCAGCGCAUUGACAUCCGAGACAAUAAACUAGAGGUGGAAAGUCUGAACAUAAUCGCCGAGGUGCUCAAGUCCAAUAAAACGCUCACGCAGAUCGACAUUAACGAUGAGCCCAAGCGCCUGACGAUCGGCAGCGAUGCCCACUUGGACUACACAAGGGUGCUGGGCACUGUUCGAUCGCUGUGCUCGAGAAAUGAAAAGCGGCAAGCCCAGGAGCUGGCGGAGAAGGUGGCGACCGUGGUCGGUGGCGGCAGCAGUGUUGGUGGCAGUCUUCCGGGCAUUCGGUGUCGCGGCGGUUACUACUUGGGCUCGCGGAAGAUCUCGUUGACCUGCCACAGUCGCCCCCUUGUGGACGCGGCCACUGGCACGGUGACUGCAACGACAACCGCGUCCGCUGCAGCAACCGCCAUGCCCACACCGGCUGCCCUGCUGGAGGUGAAGCGAAAGAGCGGACCCCGUCUCCGCUCUCCGGGACCCAGUCCGCCCACCAUAUCGCCGUCGUCCUCGCCCAACCGCAGCCGCUUUCACGUAUCGCGCGUGGCUGAAGUGGCUAGUCCACUGAUCUCGCCCCUGGCCCAGCAUCCGCCGCCGCACACGCCGCGCUCGGCCAGCAGCUGCAUGUCCAUACCCACCAUCGGAUCGCCUAGUGGCAGUCAGAGCAGCCUCGACACCGUUGGAGCCCUGCCCACCUCCAGUUCUCUGCCCGCAAUGGCGUCUGUUACCUCCUCGACGCAGACGGUCAAGCGGUUGUCGGUGUCGCCCAGGUCUCGCUUCCAUGUGUCUCGCAUCUACGAGGAUCCCCAGGUGCCGAUGGCCAACCGAAAGAUGCCGCCGAUCACGCCGCACACGCCACCAAUCGACCUACCACCCACACCCAUGCUGAAAUCGGCAAGGAAGGCGGUUCUGCUGUCUGAGGCUGUGGAGGCAGCAGCUGCAGCGGUGCCCGUAAGCAGUGUGGUUAUUGUAGAGGCUGUAGAUGUUACCAACGCACAGAAUAGUACAAAAGUCGGAGAGGUAGCGGGGCAAACACUAUCGCCACACCUGACCGUAUCACCCACCUCCAGUCAUUCGAGCUCAACUUCGCCCGGAAGCAGCAGCAGUGGGAGCAGUAGCAAUAGCAAUGGUAGCACCUCAACCUCCACCGAUGCUACCGACUCUGUGGCCUCCGGCCCCGAAGCUCCACCCAGGACCUGUCCCCUGGCCGUGUUUGGCGAUAAUGACAUUACGUUGACCAAGGAAUCGGCUGGUGUGGUUGCUCUCUCUGCUGCUGCUGCUGCGGCGGGCAACUUGAAUCCAGUUAUGGAAAGUGAAUCAGAAGUGGUGCCGCCUGCCGAGCCCGCCAGCAAUGCCCCACAGACUCGUACCCGGAAAACUUCGUGGAUAGCCAAUCCGUCGGCGGUAGACAAGCUGCUCACGUUAUUUAACACGGGCACCAUUUUCCAUCGAAGCUCCUCGCCAGAACCCAAGGCCAGUCAAAUAAGCAGCGGGCCCGCCGCCAACUCGAUCACAAACAGCGCACAGAACGCCACAGCGGCAAGCGUCGUAGGAGGAGCAAGCGGAGUCGACUCCAGUGGCAACACCCCUAAUCCAAUUCUAUCGGUUGCGCGGAAAUCUUCGCCCGCAUCGUGGACCUCGCUGACCGGUAGCAACAUCUCCAACGCCAGCCAAAAUACAUCCUCACACACGGACACGGGCAGUUCAUCCUUUCUCGACACAGCCUCCAGACAGUUGCGGGAUUUUAGCAAGCAAGUCUUUCGCCAGAACAUCUCCUUUAACAACAGCGGUGAACAGGCGGCUUCUGGUGCAGUUGGUCAACAUGAGUUGAGCACGGGGACGUCGGCUUCAAGCAGCACGGAGUCGCCAUCCCCGCCGGAGUGCAAUACGGCUCACAUUCCGCUCAGCCUGAAGCGUCAGCUGAAGGAAAACAUUUCGCCGGAGCACACGAUUAACGAGGAAACACUUCACACGUUACAGAAGCUAUCGAGGGCAGAGGAUGUGGCGCUAAAGGCAGAGGCGGCCACCGAACUGGGAGACAUUGAGAUCGUGAUGCACAGCGAGGUAGCCGAUUGCCAUUUGCCAGAGGAUAAACAGCAAGAGCAGGAAGAGACAUCUUCGAGUUUAACUUAAAAAGGGCCAAGACCAAAUACUACUUAAUAAUGCGUAAAUACAUGGAAAAGCAAAAAAAAUUGGAAAAGAAAGGAAAACACACAACUCAAACGACAAAAAACCAACACCCACCCAGCAUUCCCAUGGCUCUCCUUUGUACUGUACCCCACCCGCCUUGAAAAAUGGUUAUGAGGUCAAGGAUGAUGAUGAAAGUUUGGGUUAACCACAACCCUGAAAAACAAAUAUGAUGAGUACACAAGUUAUUACUAACUUUGUUUUAUUUUUGGUUAUAUUCAUUUUAAGUUUUAUAACAGAAGAAAAUAUAAAUAUAUUUUAAUUAUAAAUACGGCAUAAGAAAUGCAAACAAAUGCUCAAUAUUCACUUCAGGAAGCGCUGCUUUCAAAACUAAACAAUUUAACAAGUUCUAAAUGUGGAAUUCUUUAUUUUGGCAGUAGUUUUUCUGAAGUGGGUACUGACCCAAAAAUGGAUAUACUUUAAUGAAUGUAAAAUAUAAAAACAUUUCAAAUGUACACACACAUAAUAUAAACAAACACCAACCUAUAAAAAACACUAUUUGGCUUAGUGUUGGCCAUUAAAAGCUGACUUUUAAAAAGUUGCAUAAUUAUAAAGAGCGAAAAUAAUGUUGAAUUUAGAUGGACAAUUUGUACUUAUCAAUUCAAUUGAAUUCUGAAAAGUUAACAAUAAUCAGAAACCACAAAGCCACCGGAAACACAUUGUUAUACAUACUUAAGUUAAUAUUAACUAUACGAAGAGCACGAUUGUUACAACUUAUUUAGGGAAAUCGUCCCGCAAUAGGAUUACUUUACGCCUAUGUAUAUGGAGUGCAAUUCCUUAUUUUUAUUCGUUUCUUCUCCCCUUCCUCAACUCGCUAACAACUCAAAUCAAGUGCAGACCAAGUAUUAUGAAUCGGAACAACUUUCAAAUCAAACACAUACUUAAAUUAGGUACUUAAUCAGCUUGUGGAUUGCCACUGAUUAUGUAAUUAGCCCACCAGUCAAGCCCAAAUCAGUAGACAAUCUUAAGUUCAAUGACAUUGUGCAAUUAAUCGUACAUUCUUAUUUUACAACCCGAAACUUAACAACGGAAAUGAAGCGCAAACGAAAACAAAAAGUACCCAAAAUAAAUCCAAUUGAUCUCAUUAUGUGAUAUUUGUCGUAGUGCCCAAAGCGUUCACUGUACGUGUAUCAAUAACCAAACCAUAUGAGUUAAGUACAGGGUGUACAUUCAGAACACUUUUGCUCUAAGUAAAUUUACUCAAGCCAUCCUUCCCCACAUCAACUGAGACAGAUCCCCAGAACAGCUUUAGUGAGAGUUGACCCAGAGAAUUUGGUGAACUAUGCAACUUUUUAAAAUGUCAGCCUUUAAUGGGCCUACUCAAACGUUAUAGAUAAAUCUAAAAUACAACACACACAUAUAAACCUAUAUAUAAUAACAUGUAAACAUAUUUUGAUUCAUGGAAGAUCUUGUAAAUACCGCGUGUGUACUCUCUAUUAGGAAAUGGGGAGUCUCUAGACGAAGCUACCCCGAACUCCGAGUUUUUUUUUCUUUGUUAACGAUUUUUGUUUUUGUUUACUAUUUUAUUGUUUAAAACUUUAAAUGUAACUAUAUGGAUAUGUGUAUAUCUCUAUAUAUAUUAUGUACGUAUUUAAGUAGUCAAAAGCAAACCAAUUUUUCAAAUAUUUUCCAAAAUGUACCAAUCGAAAAUGUAUCUUCUUGAGUUAAGUGGAAUUACUUAAAAAAAUGUAUCGUACUUAAUUUACAAAUAGGAGAAGAUGAUUCUGGUGCUUAUCAAACGCUAAGAGUUUGCCUUAUACUAGAUCCCUCUUUUCGGCAAUCGAAAUUCACCAUCAAGCCCAUUAAAUAAUUUGUUCACACAUUUGUUGCUAAAUUUGUUUUUUGUCAAUAGCUAUGAUUUUGUUUAACAUUGGCAAGUUUAUUACCUAUUUUUCAUACUUUAAGUUAAUAAAUUAGAAAAAAAAACUACUAAACCGAAAAAUUUAUUGAAUAAACAUGAAAGUUGUAAUGAAA